UUUCACUAUUUCCCUCCUUGAUAACAUGGAGGUGUGUUUCUUUGUUUUCAGAGUUGAAUUCCAGUCUUCACCUUUGUUCUGUACUGUGGUCGCAGAUAGAACAUAGAGUUCUGAAGCUGCAAAACAACUCAUGAGAAGAUGACAAUCAUUGACUGCGAAGAGAGUAUUCCGUCUGAAUCAGGUGAAGAAGAUGGAGAAGAAGUUUCCAGUCUCAGUUGGCAGUCCCGUAAGGCUCAAGAUAUUGAAAGAAAUGGCGAGGGAGAUACCAGAGGCCCGAGUUCAUCUUGUUCCGGGCUGAAACGCCAUUUUUUGGACAUGGGUUUUGCAGAGAAUAUGGUGGAAAAAGCCAUAAAACAAAACGAGAAUGGGGAUGCUGAUACAGUUCUGGAGACACUACUCGCAUACUCUGCACUUGAUGACUCCUCUCUUCGUAUUUAUUCUCCUCAUGAUCCGUGGAGUCCUGAUGAUGAAUAUGAUAUAUCAGAUGAUGAACAAAGCGAUGCUAAAGUUGAUACUAAAAAUAAGGGACAUGAAGAUGAUAAGCGCGGUUUGGAAAACUCAUUUGGGAUUGACAAGACAAGGUUGCAAUUGGUGGAGAUGGGCUUUCCCAUAGAUGAGGUUACUCUGGCAAUAUCCAGAUGUGGUGAAAAUGCUUCAAUUUGGGAACUUGCCGAUUCAAUCUAUGCAUCUCAAACGGACAAAGCAACAGCUGAUUAUCAUCCAACGUAUGGAUCAUCUUCUACUUGUGAACAAUGGGGAGAGGAAGAGAGAUCAUGUGACAGCAUGGAUAGUGGUCUUUCAAGAUCCUGGGGAAAGCGGAAAGGGUUUGAUAACAGUACAAGAAAUAAGGACAGUACAAUUCACAGAAGUGCCUCAUAUAUGAAGAGGCAGAGAGUCUGCUAUGCAAGGAAGAGCUUUAAUGAUGAUGAAGAGACAGUGCCUUCAAAUUUCUGGGUCCCAGCUAAAACCAUGGUUGGUUUUGGUCUUCCUAACAAUCCCAUCAUAAUGUCUAGGAAGCUCCCUGAUGCAGCUAUAGGGCCUCCAUACUUUUAUUAUGAGAAUGUGGCUUUAACACCUAAGGGAGUGUGGGAAACGAUAUCUAGGUUUUUAUAUGAUAUCAAACCGGAGUUUGUUGACUCCAAACAUUUUUCUGCUGCUGCUAGGAAGAGGGGUUAUAUCCAUAACCUUCCAAUUGACAACAGAUUUCAGCUCCAGCCUAUUCCACCGUUAACUAUACAAGAGGCUUUGCCUUACACAAAGAAGUGGUGGCCUUCAUGGGAUCCAAGACAAAAGCUGAACUGCAUCCAAACAUGCACCGCAAGUGCAAAACUCACUGAGAGGUUGCGAAAUAUUCUUGCUGCAUCAGAUGGGCCACCUUCUUAUUUUGAUCAACAAAAGGUACUUGAGCAGUGCAGGAAGUGGAAUCUUGUGUGGGUUGGCCUGCAUAAGUUGGCCCCACUUGAGCCUGAUGAGAUAGAGCCACUGCUGGGUUUCCCCAAGUAUCAUACAAGAGGUGGUGGUGUCAGCAGGACUGAGAGAUUGAAGGCCCUUGGAAACUCAUUUCAAGUGGAUACAGUAGCCUACCAUCUAUCUGUCUUGAAGAGAAUGUUCCCCAAUGGUCUCAAUGUCCUUUCACUCUUCUCUGGGAUAGGGGGAGCUGAAGUUGCUUUGCAUAGGCUUGGAAUUCAGCUGAAAAAUGUAGUCUCCAUUGAAAAGUCUGAAAUUAGUAGAAAUAUCCUGAAAAAUUGGUGGUAUGAAACUGGUCAGAAGGGCAAGCUGGUGGAGAUUGCAGAUAUAGAGCAGUUGACAAAUGAUAAACUGGCAACCAUGAUGAGGACGCUUGGUGGGUUUGAUCUAAUCGUAGGAGGAAGCCCAUGCAACAAUCUCACUGGAAGUAACAGAGUCAGCAGACAUGGGCUUGAGGGAACGCAUUCUGCACUUUUUUUUGACUACUUCCGGAUUUUGGAUGCAGUGCUAUGCAUAAUGUCUAAGAAAAAAUAGCGCUCUGGAGCAGGGUGCAAUCUUUGGUGAAAAGGACUGGCUGAUUCUAACAUCAUGAUCGCAGAAUUGUCUUCCACUUAUUCAUAAACGUAAAACAAUAAAUUUUUUAGACCUGCAAAAAAGCCAGGAUUUGGAAAUUCUAUAAGCUGUUCUCAGCUUUAUUAUGACCAGUCUGACAAAUUUUUUAUUGGAUUUACUGAUCUAUUCUUGCACUCUAAUUUUCUAUGAACAGUAAUUUCUUUGUUAAGUUCUUUCAUUUCCCCAUUCCCUUUUCCACUGUCAAAAUUGCGGAGUUGUUGUUUCACCUAUUCUGUUUUCCUAAAUGAUUUCUUUUGGCGUCUGUUUGAUCCAAAAAACAUGUACACCUCCAUGUGUAUAGAUAUCCUAUGGCAUUUGAGGAAUCAAGGAAGACACAAAGAGGUGCCUCUGGAUGAUCUUAUGGUAAAUAAUAGUUUGUUGCGAACGUGGACCUUGCACCUAUGUCUCAUGGGUGCUUUUAAAUCGUUUCAUGUAGAGCAGAUAAAUCGUUUCAUUACAGUUUCCAAGUGUAUGAUGGGUAAGUCUUUAGUUUUCGGCUAUAUUUAUAAUAUUUAAUUGUGGAUAUUCGUGGCCAUAAAUCCAGUGGUUGUCACAGGGACGUUCUCAUUGGCAUUGUAUCAUUAGACCAUUUCUGUGGCUCUCUCACUAGACCAUUUCUCUCUAUAUGUAUGUUAUAAAUCCACUAGUUACGGGGGCCGUCUCUCAUUGACAUUGUAUCAUUAGACCAUUUGUCAAUGUGAGAAAAGUUUCUUUACAGUGAAUCAGAUCUGCAUUGGAGAAUAAUAAUGGAAUAUGUAUACUUCUGGAAACUUUUGAGGAUUUCUAACAUGCCCAAUGGAAGUAAAUACUCAACAUUUGUGAGACUGCCUAUUGAGAGCUGUAAGGCGGCUAACAUUUGAAUCCAUGUAGACAUUGUUCAUGUUUAUCCAUACUUUUGUGAGCAAUAAAGCUUUCUUUUGGGGGAGCAAUAAUGUAAUAUCGACAGUUCAUAUUGAGAAACAAGUGCGAUGAAAUGAAAAUCCUGUUUUUUGUUA